AUUUACUUAUCUUUUGAUACAAGAACUACAGUUAAAAACAACUACCAAUUGAGAACGGUAGUUAAGUCUGUAAAGAGAGGGGUGAGCGUGUUUUAGCGGCGACAAUAGCACGAUAUUCAGAUACGAAGCCAGGGUAAACCGGGAAGCCGUAGUUCGUGAACUGUAGUAAGUGUGGUAACUUCGGACAAUCAACGACAUUCAGAAGCCGGCAACGCUCUGAAAUUCAGAUAAGCGAAUAUGUUACUUCUGUUUCAAAUAUCGCUGCUAUUGUUCCUGAUAACAGAAAUCGGCACAGUAGGAGUUGGAAAAGCAUGGCAAAUUCUUCCAUACACAACCGAUUACUGGAAUCAUCCAUCAUGGCCGCGACUCGAUUCUUCUGCGUUCGAAGUUCGCAGUGUGAGUGGUGUCGGUCAUCUUAAUCCUUCAGAAACCACUCAGAGGAAGCUAAAACUUGACCAAUCAAAAUCCAUCCAGCCCAAUAUUAUUCCGUUAUCAAAAUCAAACGUUUUAUUCAGCCAAAAGUAUUUCAAUCAAUUCGAAACAAAUUUUGAAGAUUCUUCCUACGAUCAAUACGAAAACCAAGACGAAAUGAAUGAUGCAGCGGAAGAUAAGAUAUUUAAAGCAGGAAUAGCAAUGACUGUUCUAGAUCCAAAAGACAAUAAAGAUUUAUUAAAGAAUAUUGAAGACGAGACAAAGAAAAUUGUACCAAGGUUUCGUCGUGACGCAGAAAACGAAACGAAGAUGGAACAAAUAUCUACUAGUAAAAAUGUUCGAGAGAUACGUUUAAGUUCUCCAGAUGGUUGGUCCACUCAACCAUUAUCCAUAGAGUUUCCCCAUAGAUCUAGUUUAGAUCAAAUGAUUCAGCAAACAAUGGAUGACGAAGAAUUGCCAAAUGCAAGGAGUUAUCACACUCCACGAGCUGAUUUUAUAACCAGUCACCAUAGAAGAAGUUACGAACAUCGAGAAGCUCGAGAUAUGCCUAUCACUAGAGCCUAUGAUGAUUAUGAUGUUCCAUGGUACAGGAGUACCACCAUCAGGGAACGAGACUAUGAACCUCUAAGUUAUCGUCGUGGAUAUAAUUAUUAUUAUCCUGAUCGAUAUAGAAUGGAAAGAGACUAUUAUAUGCGAGUUCCCCCCAAUGAUUAUUCUUAUUAUUAUGAUCGGUAUAGGGACGAGGAUUUGGAUCUUUAUGGUCGUAGCAGACCAACGCCCAAGCCCAAGAGGAUUAUCUACUAUGCAACAUUGCCGGAAAUAGUAAGGAAACCUGUAGAUCUGAGAAAUUAUCCUAGACCAUAUGAUGGAACUAGAACAGGACCAGUUUCUAGGGAUGGAAAUUAUAAACGUAUUCCAGGGAAUGUUGAUCCUAGUAGAUAUCGAUAUAGACACGCGUAUGAUGGUUAUGAUAAUUAUUCAAAGAGAUCGAGCUUUGUAGAUAGGCCUUAUCCAUAUCCUGAAGAGGAGAGUCGUCGCAAGAUGACGUUAGAAAAUCUUCGAAAUAACGAUCCAUUUGAUCAAAAUAAUGACAGGAAAUUGGCGAAUCAGAUUACGGUAAGAAAUGAAGGAAAGUUACCCUGGCCAGUGCAAAUUGGAACGGAAGUGAGUGUGAAAGAUGACGAGAGAAUCUCUGGAAGAAAGAUUUUUGGAGAAAAUAAUGGAUAUGACAGAUUCCAGAGUGCGCAGUUACAAAAGGCACCAGAUGCAACUGGAUCCAGUGAAUUACAAAGCGAUAAUUGAACGUAGCAUGAGUUCUUUCUUAGAAAUUAGUGAAUUUUGAAAAGAUUUUUGGAUAUUGUUCGCUUUGAUAUACUGUUGUCUUUUUCUAUUGGUAUAGAAUUGGAUAGUUUUUACUGUAAAAAUGAAUAUUGAUAUUAAAGUUUAAUCGAAUAU